AUCAAAUGUCAACUAACCAGCUGUCAUAUGAUAUCAGAUAUUUCUCCUAUUUGUUUAUGUUCGUAUUUUGAAAGGACUCCAUUAUCUUUCUUCACUUGCAAUAGUGUUAGUCAUCCUGAUGUACCAAGAGCUGCAGGAAACUUAAACUUUGUGUUGCCAAUGACGUAUUGCAGGUCAUUACCAUUUCUGAUAUUAUUAAUGUUGCUUAGCUUUCAAAUCCUUUUAACAGCACAUGAAGAUCCAUCUUACAAGGACAUACAGGUGGGAGUGAUUCUUGACAUGGAUUCAUGGGUUGGGAAGGUCGUUUAUAGUUGCAUCACCAUGGCUAUUUCUGACUUUUACAGAACCAAUCCUCACUACACAACAAGGAUAACUUUUACAACCAGGGAUACCAAAGGAGAACCCCUGCUUGUGUUGUCCACUGCUCUUGAUCUAUUGGAGAACACUGAAGUGCAAGCGAUAAUAGGUCCCGAAUCAACAGCUGAAGCAAGAUUCUUGGAGGUUUUGGGAGACAAAGCUAACGUACCGAUUCUUUCCUUUUCAACAACUCCAUUUUCAAAUCAGAAUCAUAAUCUUCUUCAAAUCGCAGAUGAUGAAACCACUCAGUUCAAAGGCAUUGCUGCCAUGGUUGAAUCUUUUAAAGCAAAGAAUGUGAUUGUUAUCUGUGAGGACACUGAAAACGGGAGAGAAAUGGCUACUUAUAUGGCUAGAGAGUUUCAAGAGAAAAACAUACACGUUACAUAUACUAGCCUAAUCUCAACCUGUGCUAGCAAAGAACAAGUAAGUGAAGAGCUUCACAAACUUCAAACUAUGCAAGCCAUGGUUGUUGUCAUGCAUACACCUGCUUCUCUAACAACUGGUAUUUUCUCCAAAGCAAAAGAGUUGGGCAUGAUGGAUGAAGGAUACAUGUGGAUCAUAACAAGCAAGACUACCAACUUCUUGGAUUCCAUGGAUGCUGAAGCAAUCAAAUCAAUGCAGGGGGCUGUGGGUUUCAGAUCGUAUUUUCCAGCAUCAAGAAAGCUUCAUAACUUUGUUUCGAAAUGGAGAAAGGAACAUUUUGCUUUGGACCCGUUUAUGGAGUACAAGGAGGUAGAUUCUAAUGGUAUAUGGGCAUAUGAUGCAGUUUAUGCACUCGCCAUGGCUAUUGAGAAGGUACAUACAACCCUAAUUGGCAUGUCUUCAUCAAUCCGUGCAUCACUUUUAGAUGAGAUGUUAAGAGUCAAGUUCCAUGGUUUAGGUGGUGAAUUCAAGCUUAUGAAUGGGAGAACAAUCACCAAAGCCAUGGAAGUGGUGAAUGUGAUUGGUAAGGGUGGUAGGAGGGUAGGGUUCUGGAUGAUGGCUAAUGGUGCUGAGUUUGUGAAAGAAAUAGGAAAACAGAAUUCCACUUCCAAUCAUGGCCUGGAAAGUAUGAUUUGGCCAGGAGGGAGUACUGCAACAUUUCCAAAGCGUAGGAUUCUAGAAACAAAUGGCAAUAAGAAGCUGAGAAUUCUGGUUCCAGAUUUCGGCACAUUCCCUAGUUUACUACAACUUACUGUUGAUCCGAAAACAAAUAUAUCGGGUGUGAGUGGGUUUUGUGGGGAUGUUUUCAAUGCUGCGUUCAUUGCCUUGGAUUGUGGAGUAGGCGUUGAGAUUAUUCCAUACCCUUAUAAGGAUGGAAUGAAUUACAACGAUCUAAUCAACAAAAUCUAUCUUAAGGAAUAUGAUGCUGUUAUUGGGGAUAUAACUAUCACAGCAAAUAGAUCUGUCUAUGUGGACUUCACAUUGCCCUUCAGUGAUCUGGGAACUGGCACAAUAGCCCGAAAUGCCAAGAAAAACAUGUGGAUUUUUCUAGAUCCUCUUAGUGCAGAUCUUUGGAUCACAAGUGGUUGUUUCUUUCUUUUUUUAGGGUUUGUCAUUUGGUUUAUCGAACAUCGUAUAAACGAAGAAUUUCAAGGUUCAGCAGGACAGCAAAUUGGAACAACUCUCUGGUUUGCCUUUUCGACCCUUGUGUAUGCUCACAGGGAGAAGUUGCAAAGUAAUCUAUCAAGAUUCGUGGUAACUGUUUGGGUUUUCGUAGUGCUUGUUCUCACGUCAAGUUACACUGCAACUUUGAGUUCAGUUUUAACUGUACAACAGAUUGGAAUGCAUCAGAUAUCUAUCGGAUUCCUGGGUGUUUCAUUCGGAGGAGCUGCCUUUAACAACUUGAACUUUGGGGGUGCCAAAAUUGAAAACCUAUAUACACCCGAGGCCUACGCAAAAGCAUUAACAAGUGGAAGUGUUGAUGCAAUCAUCGAUGAGAUCCUUUACAUCAAAACAGUCCUUGCAAUGUAUCCAGCUUCUGACUUUUCGUUGAUAGCAACAGCAUCCACCACCAAUGGUUUUGGCUUUGCAUUCCAGAAAGGUUCAGCCUUGGCAGGAGAGAUGUCGACUGAGAUAGCAAAAAUGCGGGAAGACGGGACAUUGAAAGCAUUAGAGGAUAAAUGGUUAAAACUUCAAUCUGCAUUGAUGCCAAAGGAUUUUUCUUCUCCUUCACCCAAAAUCUUGAAUCUUUAUGGGUUUCGUGGUCUCUUUCUUAUCAGUGGUGUGACAAUGGCAUUUGCCCUUUUGGUGUCCAUGGUUCGUAUUGUUCGUGAAAAGUUUCAUGUCAAAGUUCAAAUGCAGAUAUGGAGUCGCCUCUUAAGAAGAUCUUUCGAUAUACAUGCACAAGAUAGUGAUGCAGAAUCAACAGUUUGACUUAUUCAUAUAAUAUUAAAUAGGAUUCACUCUACUUGACAUCUUGUAUAGAUCAGUCUUUGUAUCAAGUAUAUGUACAGGUUUCACUUUUUCUGAACUUAGCUUGUUAGCUAUUUUUAUUGAAAAACAGAUCUCCUAGUUCCAUAAUUCCAAAGUUUAA